UCAAAACCUGGCCGUAUUGACGUUUGUGCCAGCUGCUACACUCAAAACAGAAAACAGCAAUGAGGAGGAAUUUAGUGAAAAUGAACGUUAUCGGUAAAGCAGCUCCUUGGAAGUGGUGUGCGGGUCUUUUUCUACUUUGACCGUGACAUUAUGCUCAUUUACAGGCCGACAGCUGCCGGAUUUCAGACAUCCUGGCGACCGUUCAGCUGUUAAAUCGCUGUUGCAUUUAUCCACACUGCUUAUGUUUGAUUUUCACGUGUAAACGGACGUGUCAUUAUCAGAGCUCGGGGAACUUGGCGUUACCGAGCAUGUUUACCGCGUCACACGGUGCUUUUUGAAACACUGGCCGACGUGAAAUAGCUAACUAAUCGCUUAAGUUGCAACAAUGGCCUCGGCGCUGAGUUGCUUCAGUGGUCCGGAGGUGCUGGAGGACGCCAAUCACGCUCGGGGUUUGAUGAACGGGUUGAAGUUGCUUUACGAUUGCCGGCUGCUCGGGGACGUUACUAUCGGAGUUGAGUAUGAAGAGGAGUCUUUGGAGCACAGCGGCAACCCCACCAGAGGUGCCAUCGACCAACUUUUCUUCUGCAGCCGCAACGUCCUGGCAGCUGCUAGCCCCUACUUCAAAAGCAUGUUCACCGGUGGGUUAAACGAGAGCGUGCAGGAAACUGUGGUCAUCCGUGGGGUCGAUCCUGAGUCUAUGUCCGUCAUCAUCGAUUACUGCUACACGGGCAGGGUGACCAUCACGGAGAGUAACGUGCAGAGGCUGUAUGCAGCGGCCAACAUGCUCCAGCUGGAGUACAUCAGGAAAGCUUGCUCCAGUUUCAUGACAAGGAGACUGGACUUGUCUAACUGUGUGGGGGUACUGAAAUUUGCUGACACCUAUGAUAACCCCGAGCUGAAGGAGAAUGCGCAAGCUUUCAUUGCCAGGAACUUCGGCCUGGUGUGUAAUGGGGGGGAUCUUUGCGAGCUGGACCUGAAGCAGCUGAAGGAGUUGCUGUCUCUGGACACCCUGGAUGUGGAUUGUGAGAAGAAGGUGUGCUCGGCUGCUCUGCAGUGGAUCGAGGUGAACGCAGCACAGAAAAAAGAGGAUGCGUUGCAAGCACUAAAGUGUGUCCGCUGGAACUUGUUCACUGAGAAGGACAAGUGUUACCUGGAGAGCCUCAUGGCAAGGCCUUUCAUUGAGAAAUACCUGGCAUCAUUUUUUAACAAGUCCCCUGAGGACGGCUGUGUCAUGUCUGCUACUCUGGAUGUGCCAAAACACAGAAUAGGUGUGAGCGCAAAAGAGAUGAUCCUCUUCUUUGGCCUACCUAAUGACAACAUAAUGUGCUGCGACCCAUACUCGGAGGACCUGUACUUCAUGGCCCCUCCUUUAGAGGAUCUGAGCAGUCAGGAUUACAAACGCUCCACCAUGGAGUCCUUAAUCGCCUGUGCCACCCCUGAAAACAACUUGUACUUGGCGUCCCACCUCUCGAAACACUUCUGGCUUUACAACCCUGUGCUCAACAGCUGGCAGGAGUUGGCAGAGAGGCCACUGGGCAGAAUACAUUCUGGAAUGGGCUACCUCAACGGGCAUGUGUACCUUCUGGGAGGAAGAAACCCGGUGACGGAUGCCAGACUGAAGGAGGUGGAGUGUUACAGCGUCCAGAGGAACCAGUGGAUGUUUGUGGCUCCUCUGCCUCAUUCUCUGGGUAAAAUGCAGGUGGUAGCCCUACACGACCACUUGUACGUGGUGAACAAAAGGCGAAUGCUUUGCUACGAUCCUAAGAGGAACCGCUGGCGCCACUGUGGGUCGCUGAGGCGAGACAAGCUUCACAAGGCCUGCGUGUUCCAGGACCAGAUCGUCUGUGUGUGCGACAUCCCUGUGGUGAAAGCCUACAGCCCCACUAGGGGUGAGUGGAAGAGGCUCGGCGACAUUCCCAUCGACAGCCGAGCUCUAAAUUAUCAGGUGAUCCAACACAACGGCAAGCUGCUCCUCCUCACUCAGACUUUACUGCAGCACAACAAGAACAGAGUCCUCAUCCACGAGUACGACCCGGCCAGGGACACGUGGAAGAAUAUCAUGGCGGUGUACGUGUCCACGCUGGGGCCCGUAUGUGUUUCAACGCGUGUUUACCCAGCGUGCCUUAGCUCUGCCCACAGCUUCUCCACAGAGGAGGACGAUGACAGUGGCUCCAGUGCAGACUGGGAUUUUGAUGGGCUGACAGAUGCAGAUUCAGACUCUGGCAGCUCUAGCUCAUUCUCUGAUGAGAACUGGUAGUGAAGUGUGUUGCAGUGUCAAAAUUUAUUAAAUUAUUGGGUUUUUACAGGUUGGUUUUGUCUAACGGGGAGCAUUGAAGUAUUUAUUCAGUGUUAAAACAGUCAGGAGAAGCACAGGUUGUUAAAAAAAAAUAUUUUCAUACGUGUGAUCAGUAAUGUUAAUAUUGGGAUGCAUAAAACCAGAGAAAAUGUUUACUGUGCCUCUUUCACAGCAUUUCUGCUGGGCAAAUACAGGGGUUACUAAUUGGGAAUAAUUGCAAUAAUUGCUGGAACUGAGCCUUCACUUAACGCUGUUACUUCCAACCUUGCUUUUCCUGGUUCAAAAAUGUCAGAGAAUCUGUGGGACUACACUUGAUCCAUGUGGAAACAGAGUGUCAGUGAAAGUGCAAGUGAAACAAAAGUAUAAGGAGUAGAAAAGGGGGAAAAAAAAAGAUUAGGAGUAGUGCUUUGCGUCUUUUGCGUGCAACACCUAAAGGUUUCACAUGGAUGCCACAUCUGUAAUGCUUUCGUCACAUGCUUCCUGAGGACCUUCUCUCCUAGCUCGUAGAGCCUGUGAGAGAUUUGUCCACGUCAAACUCGAGCUGAGAUAUUCGAGUGAUGUCUCUUGACAAAGCUGUACCAGAGAGCUACAGAAGAACCUAAAGCUCUACGAAUGUGCCCACUAGUACUCCUGAGUGGAGAGCCGCUGUUAAGCUUUAACAUUAUGUUACAUGAAAAGUUAUUUGGGCAAGCCUUUUCUCUUUAGAGUGAAUAAAUGAGCAUGCAAGCUUAAGAUCAGCGUGAAAUCAUGGCUUGAGUGUUUGUCAUAUCAGACAUCUCAAGUGCCUCUUGUUUAUGACUAUGAACGAACUGGUUAUGAACUGGGCUUUAAAAUUUAUGGUCCUUUUUAUGUAGUUGAUGCACACAGCGACAUCACACACACACAGGCGGUGCUCCAAAAACUGCUGCGUGAAGUCUAGGAGCCAAUGUACUGUACACUCUCUCAGGUUUAGCCCAUUUGCGAUGACAGAGGUUCCUUUUUAGAUGUAGUGCGAUCACAAUGUUUUGGUGACAAAUGAUUUUGUUUGAAAUCACAGAGUGUAUGUGUGUGUUUUCUUAUCUAUACUUUAUUUUUAAUGUGUGUGUUGCAACAGUUUUUUUGGGGGGGAGGGGUUUUGAGUAUUGCUUGGGUGUGAUGAUUUAUCUGCUUGCCAGAAGACUGCAGAGAAGCCAUUGUCCCAGCCAAGCAACCCCUACGCUAUUUGCACUUACUGAGAUAAAUGGUGGAGAUAAAAUAUUACAUAUCCUCAUCAGCAGAAUAAUGAAUCACACAAAAACAAUGACCAUAAAGUUGAGUCAGCACCUCUGAAAACACUGAAGAGUAUAAUCAUGAGUGACUCUUAGUCAGGGGUUUUUAUCAAGCAGUUUUGGGAGUAAAGGGGGAGGAACUGUGGGUAAUGACAUGCAGCGAAGGCAUGGUAGAAAUAGAGCUGCUGGUUCCAGAGCUGGGUUUACAAA